AAGAACUUGUGCUCUCUCUCUACAUAUAUAUCUUAUUUAGUUCACCUAUAAGGUGCAUAUUUUAAGACUGCAAUAGCCAAUUUAAACCAAUAUACUUAAGUGGGACUGACUUCAGUUAAAUAGAAUUUAGUGUUCUGACUCACCACUGUAAUGACAAGUUGUGCUCAAAGGCAACAGUAAAGGUUUGCUUCUCAACUUUUACUAUAUACCAGGCAACUGGAAUGGAGGAGGGCACAUGUGAAGACCUAAAUCAACCAGGAGAUAUAUUUAUUGUAGCCUCUUACAUCAUGAGACUGUUAUUGGAAAAUUUGUUACUAUUACACAUUGUUCAACUGGCUCAGCUCACAGCAUGGCUACUGAUUACACUUCUGUGGACUUCCUCUUCUGCAGUGAAACAAGCACGACCACCAAUCUUCCAGAGAAAGCCUUUUAUAGCUGCCUGGAAUGCUCCCACUGAUCUGUGCUCUCUAAGAUACAACGUGAUGCUGAAUUUGAGAAUGUUCCACGUGAUUGGAAGCCCAUUAGCCAGGGCAAGAGGGCAGAAUGUGACCAUAUUUUAUUUCAACAGAUUGGGCUAUUACCCCUGGUACACAUCACAGGAAAUCCCUGUUAAUGGUGGCCUACCCCAAAACUUCAGCUUGCAAACUCAUCUGGAAAAAGCUGGCCAAGAUAUUAACUAUUACAUUCCGGCUGAGAACUUCAGUGGAUUAGCUGUUAUAGACUGGGAAUACUGGAGGCCUCAGUGGGCUCGCAACUGGAAUACAAAAGAUGUUUACAGACGAAAGUCAAGAAAACUCAUUUCUGAAAUGCAAGGAAAUAUUUCAGCAAAUGACAUUGAACAUUUGGCCAAACUUUCCUUUGAAGAAAGUGCAAAGGCUUUCAUGAAGGCAACAAUUGAGUUAGGAAUUAAAAGCAGACCCCUAGGCCUCUGGGGAUAUUAUUUAUAUCCUGAUUGUCACAAUUAUAAUUUCUAUGACCAGAACUACACUGGUUCUUGCCCAGAGAGUGAAGUUUUGAGGAACAAUGAACUUUCCUGGCUUUGGGAUAGCAGUGAAGCUUUGUACCCUUCCAUUGGCGUUAAGAAAUCUCUUGGAAACAGUGAAAACAUAUUACGCUUCUCACAAUUUAGGGUCAAUGAAUCCAUGAGGAUCUCCUCUAUGACAUCCCAUAAUUAUGCUCUGCCUGUAUUUGUCUAUACCAGACUAGGUUAUCGAGAUGAACCUUUGGUAUUUCUUUCUGAGCAAGAUCUUAUUAACACUAUUGGAGAAAGUGCUGCCUUGGGAGCUGCUGGCAUUGUUAUCUGGGGAGACAUGAAUUUAACUUCAUCAGUGGGCAACUGUACAAAGGUGAAACAAUUCAUUGCAUCUGAAUUGGGGGUCUACAUUAUCAAUGUAACCACAGCAGCAGAGAUGUGCAGCAGGCAUCUUUGUCACAACAAUGGGAGAUGUGUACGAAAAAAGUGGACAGCCUUGGACUACCUGCAUUUGAAUUCUAAAAACUUUAGAAUAGAAAUUUCAGAGGACCAAGAAUUUACAGUGAGGGGAGAAGCAUCAAGCACAGAUCUGGAAAUAAUGUCAAAGAAAUUUGUUUGUCACUGCUACCAGGGUUACGAAGGAACUGAUUGUAGGAAAGUUAAGACUUCUGAUGAGCACUCUGGCAGUUCUGCAAAUUUCCUCUUAUCCAGAACAUCAGUCAUGAUAAGCCUGUUUCCUUUGCCUUUAUAUUUGUUGGAUAUUCAGUUAUGAGAUCAUUGAGCUGAAUAUGUUUUUCUUGACCCUACAUUUUGAAAGGACUCACUAAGGUAGUAGUGAAGGAUUAUGACAUUAUUCCAUUGCUUUUUACACUUCAGGUAAUGUAGGAAUUAAAAUAUCACUUGAAUGCUAUAGAAAAUCAGUCACAAAAGCAGGAAAUUAUUUCUGACUCAGAGACUCGCAUGUAUUCUACUCUCUGACCAGAGGUUAAAUUUUAAAAUCUUGUUUUAUAAUCUUAACCUACAUUGUGUGCACAUGUCAAAACUUCUGUUUUGUUAACAAAUUUAAUUAAUUAAUCAGAAGAACUAAAAGAGUGAGAUCAUAUUUCCAGAUUUCAUACCUCUCUGUUUCCAAGGGAGAAGUCACACAAGAUCAGAUCAAUAAACACUCUGGCUGUAUUGCACAGUCAGGUGACGCUACUCGAAUUCUUCUUUCCCAGGCAUUGUGUUUAAGACUAUUUUGUACCAAAGAAGCUGCAGCAUGUCAAGAAAUCUGGUCCCCUGUUCACAUUUUUUUCAUUCUUGUAUUUUAAGGACUUGUCUACAUGGGGAAGUUGUCUGGACAAAGUGAUUACACAAGAAUUAUUCCACAAAUAUUCUUGGAAAUGCAUUAC